AUGCAGUUAGGGGAGCAGCUCUUGGUGAGCUCUGUAAACCUGCCUGGCGCACAUUUCUACCCCCUGGAGGGUGCGCGAGGCGGCGGGGGAGGGAGCACCAGCCUUCUCCCCAGCGUUGCCCUCUCGCCUCAGAGGCUGGACUUAGACAAAGCGCCUAAGAAGUUCUCCAGCAGUCUCUCGUGCGAAGCGGGGAACGCGGACCCCACAGACGCAAGAGCGGGGCCCCCCGCUGCCAUGCUCAGUGACGCCGACGCCGGAGACACCUUUGCCAGCGCCACGGCAGUUGCCAAGUCAGGGCCCCCGGACGGCCGCAAGGGCUCCCCCUGUGGGGAGGAAGAGCUGCCCUCGGCCGCUGCCGUUACUGCAGCCGCGGCCGCCACCGCGCGCUACUCCAUGGACAGCCUGAGCUCCGAGCGCUACUACCUUCAGUCUCCCGGGCCCCAAGGCUCCGAGCUGGCUGCGCCCUGCUCGCUCUUCCAGUAUCAGGCGGCGGCCGGGGGAUCCCACGGAUCUGUUUAUCCUACUUCCAGUGGCGCGCGUUACCCCUAUGGCUCCAUGCUGCCCCCCGGUGGAUUCCCCACAGCUAUGUGCCCACCCGGGAGGGCACAGUUCGGCCCGGGAGCGGGCGUAGGCAGUGGCGCGGGCAGCAGCGGCGGUGGGGACAGCGGCCCGGGCGCUUAUCAGUACACCCAAGGGUCUGCGCUCUAUGGGUCGUACCCUGCAGCGGCAGCGGCGGGAUCUUGCGGAGGAUUGGGGAGCCUGGGGGUUCCAGGUUCCGGCUUCCGCGCCCAUGUCUACCUGUGUAACCGGCCUCUGUGGCUCAAAUUCCACCGUCACCAAACCGAGAUGAUCAUAACUAAACAGGGCAGGCGCAUGUUUCCUUUCUUGAGCUUCAACAUAAACGGACUCAAUCCCACCGCCCACUACAACGUGUUCGUAGAAGUGGUUCUGGCCGACCCUAACCACUGGCGCUUCCAGGGGGGCAAGUGGGUGACCUGUGGCAAAGCUGACAAUAACAUGCAGGGUAACAAAAUGUAUGUUCACCCAGAGUCUCCUAAUACUGGUUCCCACUGGAUGAGACAAGAGAUUUCCUUUGGGAAAUUAAAACUCACCAAUAACAAAGGUGCAAAUAACAACAACACCCAGAUGAUAGUCUUACAGUCUUUACACAAAUACCAGCCACGACUGCACAUUGUUGAAGUUACGGAGGAUGGUGUGGAGGACCUGAAUGAACCCUCAAAGACCCAGACCUUUACCUUCUCAGAAACACAAUUCAUUGCAGUGACUGCCUACCAAAACACUGAUAUUACUCAACUAAAGAUUGAUCAUAACCCCUUUGCAAAAGGCUUCAGAGACAACUAUGAUUCCAUGUACACCGCUUCAGAAAAUGACAGGUUAACUCCAUCUCCCACGGAUUCUCCUAGAUCCCAUCAGAUUGUCCCUGGAGGACGGUAUGGUGUUCAAAACUUCUUCCCGGAGCCCUUUGUCAACACUUUACCUCAAGCCCGGUAUUACAAUGGUGAGAGAACUGUGCCACAGACCAAUGGCCUCCUUUCACCCCAACAAAGUGAAGAGGUGGCCAACCCUCCCCAGCGAUGGCUUGUCACACCUGUCCAACAACCUGGGACCAACAAACUAGACAUUGGUCCCUAUGAAUCUGAAUAUACUUCUAGUACAUUGCUCCCAUAUGGUAUUAAAUCCUUGCCCCUCCAGACAUCUCACGCCCUGGGAUAUUACCCUGAUCCAACCUUCCCUGCAAUGGCAGGGUGGGGAAGUCGAGGUUCUUAUCAGAGAAAGAUGGCAGCUGGACUACCAUGGACCUCCAGAAUGAGCUCUCCUGUGUUCCCUGAAGAUCAGCUGUCCAAGGAGAAAGUCAAAGAGGAAAUUAGCUCUUCUUGGAUAGAAACACCCCCUUCCAUCAAGUCUCUAGAUUCCAAUGAUUCAGGUGUAUAUACCAGUGCUUGUAAGCGAAAGCGGUUGUCUCCUAGCACCUCCAGUAAUGAAAAUUCUCCUUCUAUAAAGUGUGAGGACAUUAAUGCUGAAGAGUACAGUAAAGAAACUUCAAAAGGCAUGGGAGGAUAUUAUGCUUUUUAUACAACUCCCUAAAGAGUUCUUUUAACUUUGUAAGAAUUAGCUAACUCUUUGCAGAUGGACUUGGUGGUGUUUAUGUUGUCUUCUUUGCCUAGGUUGCCAAAAAAAAUUUGCCUUCUACCUUGAUGUAUCCUGUUUUGUGCAAUUCUCUAAAAGAAGGUACCAAAGCUUUUUUGAUUGCUGCAGGUAACUGAAACAGACCUAGCAAUUUUUUUCUUAUAAAAUAAAGUUAAUGGAGGACUUUGAAAUAUUUCAAAAUUGGAAGGUUAUUCAAGGUUCUGGACUUGUUUAUUGGAGACACUAAACAUUCAGAGAAGCAGGCUGUGAAGAUUGAGUGUCAGCACUAUCAAAUGAGUUAAAUUCUUUGGUUCUCAUUUCUACUUAUAAAUCUUUAAGAAAAUAGAAGGUCAGAAUGUUAAAGUGUUUCAUUUCUGGAAGAGAAAGACUCAGCUAAAGCUUCAACAGGGGACUUUUUGCUGUUUCUAUCAGGGGCUAAAGACACAUGGCCAGAGAGUCAAAAAAAACCUUUGUCAAAGUGCUUUAGUCUUACCUGAUUUUGAUUCUUUACAGGAUUUUGGAACAAGCCAUGGUCUUUCUAGGCUUUUACUGUGUUCUGGGGUGGCCUGAAGGACUUUGGAAAGGGCAAGAGAGGGAGGAAAAGAAGGAGAGAAGGAGAAGUGAAGGGGAGAAAAUUUAAAAAUGUACAGUCCCAUGUGUUUAGAUACACUGUAGAAUAAUGUGGAAUAUAUUGUACAAAUAGGCUAUAUAGGUAUUUGAGAUAAUGUAAAAUGGUGCUUUGGCUUUGUAAAGAAUUUGCAAAUCACUUAAC